AUGGGUUUUCAGUCAGAUACUCUCCAAUCUGUCCUCCUCUUUCCAGUCCACCUUGUGGUGUGGCUCUACUCUGUCCUCUCCUUCCUACCAUGGUACUACAUCACUGGUGCUGGCCAGAAGAACACUAUGUCUAAGCGGGUCAAAGCCCGCUCCACGACCGGCCGUGCCGAGGGACCUUAUCGUUGUGUGGACCGCUUUGAGUCUCUGGCUAAAGAAGACCUGCCUGGCAAGGACACUCUAGAUAAGUUGUUCACGUUCGCUGUGGAACGCUUUGGAGAUUCGCCUUGUCUUGGCACCAGAGAGUUGCUGAGUGAAGAAAACGAGAAACAGCCCAAUGGGAAGAUUUUUAAAAAACUGAUUCUUGGUGAUUAUAAAUGGCUGUCCUACAAUCAAGUUAACUCCCUGGUCAAUCAGUUUGGAAGAGGAUUGGCAGCUCUUGGCCAGGAACCCAAAAGUACCAUUGCAAUCUUUUGCGAGACCAGAGCAGAGUGGAUGAUCACCGCCCAAACGUGCUUUCGACAUAAUUUCCCAUUGGUGACAUUCUAUGCAACAUUGGGAGAAGAGGCAAUUGCCUUUGGACUAAAUGAAACUGGAGUUUCACAUCUUGUUACUAGUGCGGAGCUGCUAGAGACCAAACUAAAAAAUGUCCUUCCGAGUAUCCCAAAACUGAAACACAUAAUCUAUGUGGACCAGAAAAAAGUGAACAAUGAGGGCUACCCUGCAGGACUCUCCAUCCACAGCAUGCAAGCAGUGCAAGAUCUGGGCGCACUGCCUGAAAAUAUGGGACAAGAACUUGUGAAGCCACAGCCCACUGACCUGGCUGUGAUUAUGUACACCAGCGGCUCCACUGGGCGUCCCAAAGGUGUCGUAAUUGUCCACAGUAAUUUGAUUGCCGGGAUGACGGGCCAGUGUGAACGCAUUCCAGGACUCGGCCCUAAGGAUAUUUACAUCGGCUACCUGCCUCUGGCUCAUGUGCUGGAAAUGACCGCAGAGAUCAGCUGUGUCACAUAUGGAUGUCCGAUUGGCUACUCUUCCCCUCACACACUGUCAGAUCAGUCCUCCAAAAUAAAGAGAGGAAGCAAGGGAGACUCAACUGUGCUAAAACCUACACUGAUGGCAGCUGUUCCGGAAAUUUUGGAUCGCAUCAACAAGAACGUGAUGAGCAAAGUGCAAGAGAUGAGCUAUGUUCAGAAGAUGCUUUUCAACAUGGGCUACCGCUACAAACUUAAGCAGAUCAUGAGAGGCUACGAUGCACCACUUUGCAAUGCCCUGUUGUUCACCAAAGUGAAGAAGCUGCUGGGCGGGCGAGUGCGGUUGAUGCUGUCGGGAGGAGCGCCUCUGUCCGCAGCGACCCAGAGGUUCAUGAAUGUGUGCUUCUGUUGCCCUGUCGGCCAAGGUUAUGGCCUCACUGAAACCUGUGGUGCAGGCACCAUCACUGAGGUUGCAGACAACAGCACCGGCCGUGUAGGAGCGCCACUUAUUUGCUGUGAGGUCAGACUGCGAGACUGGGCUGAAGGUGGCUACACCAGCAAAGACAAGCCCAACCCAAGAGGCGAGAUACUAAUUGGCGGCCCCAAUGUGACCAUGGGCUACUACAAGUACGAGAGCAAAGAUGAGGAUUUUUUUGUGGAUGAGAAGGGUCAAAGAUGGUUUUGCACCGGAGACGUUGGCGAGGUUCACCCGGAUGGCUGUCUGCAAAUAGUUGAUCGUAAGAAAGACCUGGUCAAACUUCAGGCGGGAGAGUAUGUGUCUCUCGGCAAGGUGGAGUCCGCCCUGAAGAACAGCUCCCUUAUAGACAACAUCUGCGUUUACGCAAACAGCGACCAGAACUACAUUAUCAGCUUUGUGGUUCCUAACCAGAAGAAACUAAUGGAACUGGCCAAGCAAGGAGGAUUGCUCGCACCUUGGGAGGAAAUCUGCACUAAUCCCAAAAUGGAGACAGAGGUCUUGAGGGAGAUCAAGGAGGUUGCUGCUAAAAUUAAACUGCAGCGCUUUGAAAUUCCCACGAAAGUCCAUCUGAGCCCGGAACCAUGGACACCUGAAACCGGUCUGGUCACAGAUGCAUUUAAGCUGAAGCGCAAAGAGCUGAAGAACCACUAUCGUCACCACAUAGAGAGAAUGUAUAGUGGCAAAUAA